AUGCUGGAUCUAGAAGAGGUUGACGUCUCACCAAUUGACGAGGGAACACAAGAAAACUAUAGAACAUGGAAGAAGAAUGCGCCGUUCCUUUACGACUAUUUAUCUACGACAUCCUUACUAUGGCCGUCGCUAUCAGUGCAGUUCUUUCCUGAGUUAGAAAGCAAGAAAUAUGUAGACAAAGGCUCAGCUCUGGAUAUAGAUCUCGCCAACACCACGUCUGGAGAAGAGGUGGGAGUGUCGUACCACAGGCUCCUCAUUGGGACGUUCACGUUAAACCAGGCCAAGGUGGACAGCGUCUCAAUAUUAAGGUUGCCCUUCUACACCGAUCUCAACAAGAGAAUAGAUAUAAAUAAGUUGAACUACACGCCGGAAAGGGGUGAGUUUGAACUCUCCACGGUGACCAAGAAGAAGGUCCAAGUACUACAAAAGAUAAAUCAUAUGGGGGAUGUAAACAGGGCCAAGUAUAUGCCUCAGAACCCUGACUUGAUUGCCCUGCUGAACAACAUGGGCGAUAUUGUAGUUUAUGAUAGAACAAAGCAUCCUAACUUCAAAAUAGGGAUCGAUGAUAGCGUUAAUAAACCUGAAUUGAGACUUAGACGAGCGGAUGGGAGCGGUGACUCGGAUAUCUUUGCAAUAGAUUGGAACAAGCAAGCUGAGGGGAUAUUGGUCUCAGGUGAUAUAGACGGACGGAUAAACUUGUACGAUAUAAAGCGGGACUUCAAUUCGAAGGACCAAGAAUUCAUCAACUCUAGCAGCAGCUACGAGACUCCAGGGAACGCUGGAGUGAACGACACCGAAUGGAUCCCCAAUCACGACUCGAUCUUCAGCACUGUGGACGAGAGCGGUUGGCUCAGGUUAUACGACAUUAGGACAAGCACGCAAGAUCCUACGUUUUCUGUGAAGCUUGGUAACUCUGGAGUCAACUCAGUGUGUACGAACCCCGGAAACCUGUCUUACAUUGCUACUGGGGAUUCCGACGGGUUGGUCAGUGUUCUCGAUGUCAGAACGCAAGAGCCAGUGGACACCUUGAGCAACGUGUUUGAGUCAUCCAUAACGCAAUUAAAAUGGCAUAACACAUAUCACAAUAUACUAACGGGUUCCUCUACUGAUAAAUCUAUAAAGAUCCUAGAUCUUGCCAAAGAACACGAAGAACGAGUGCUAUUCGCCCAUGGUGGUCAUAUGCUAGGUGUGAAUGAUUUCGAUUGGUGCUUACAGGAUGACUGGCUCAUUUCAAGUGUAGCGGACGACAAUUCGUUGCAUGUCUGGAAGCCUUCAAGCAAAAUAGUUAAAGAGUAUAGUCUGACAUAA